GUAACAGAAAAUUUUGUCAACAUAAACAUGUGCUGCUCAUCCUACGUUGGUUUCUUCAGUGAUUAGAGCGUGUUAUUCAAUUUUGGUAUUUUUUCGCUGUUCUUAAAAUGGGCAAAAAGAUACAACUAAAGCGACUGCAAUCGCAGCGUUCGGCGCAGCUAAAAAGAAUGAUCAAAACAACCGACAGUCGGCUAAAACCAACAGAUCGUGAUGUUCGGAAAAAGAAAAAAUCCACGGACACAGAGCUGAAGGUAAUGGAGAAGCCCCAGGUCAGCUCAGCCAUGUUCUUCCAGUACAACACGCAGCUAGGGCCACCGUACCACAUUUUGGUCGACACCAACUUUAUUAACUUCAGCAUAAAAAACAAACUGGACAUCGUCAAGACGAUGAUGGACUGUUUGUACGCCAAGUGUAUCCCGUACGUCACGGAUUGCGUUGUGGGUGAGUUGGAAAAGCUAGGCUCCAAGUACAAGCUGGCCCUUCGCAUCAUCAAGGACUCACGUUUUGAGCGAAUCAAGUGCAUGCAUAGGGGAACGUACGCUGACGAUUGUCUUGUGCAGCGCGUUACCCAGCACAAAUGCUACAUUGUAGCCACCAACGAUAAAGACUUGAAACGACGAAUCAGGAAAAUCCCCGGGGUACCUAUCAUGAACGUGGCCCUGAACCGAUAUGUGAUCGAACGAAUGCCGGAUGCGUUCGAGCCAAUGGCAAAGAAGUAAUAAAUA